GCUUCUUCCAUCGCUAUCACAGCUGUUUUGGCGGCAUUCACGCCGAAAAAAUACGCAACAAUUCGGGAAUGUGAAUUCAUUUAUAAUGUGUUAUUUCUGUUAAUGUUGUCUGAUUUUAAGUGCCAGCGUAAUGACGGAGAAAAGCGGUAUAAAGGAAGCGCUCGAAAAGUUUUUUGGCCACAAGAGCUUUAAAUCGGAGCUGCAAGAGCGUGCUGUCACAUGCGCCGUGAAAAAAAAACAGGAUGUGUAUGUGUCAAUGCCAACAGGAUCGGGCAAAUCGCUAUGCUUUCAGCUGCCAGGCUUGAUGUGCGAGGAUCAGUUGACGAUUGUUUUUUCGCCGCUGCUGGCGCUGAUCAAAGAUCAGAUCGAUCACCUGGCCAAGCUCAAAGUGCAGGCAGAUUCCCUGAACUCGAAAAUGAGCAGCAAGGAGCGCGAGCGUGUCAUUAUGGAUCUGCGGGCCGUCAAGACGAAGAUCAAGUUCCUGUAUAUAACGCCCGAGCAGGCAGCAACCAAGUUUUUUCAGGAGUUGCUUCACUCGUUGUACAAACACAAGAAGUUGGCCUAUUUCGCAGUUGACGAGGCGCACUGCGUCUCCCAGUGGGGUCAUGACUUUCGGCCUGACUAUCUGAAGCUGGGCGAGCUGCGUUCCAAGUAUCCGGAUGUAGUUUGGCUGGCGCUGACGGCAACAGCUUCAAAGGAGGUGCGCGAGGAUAUUCAUAAGCAGCUACGCUUACGCCAGCCCGUGGCUCACUUCAGUACACCCAGUUUUCGGUCCAAUCUCUACUACGAUAUUGUGUACAAGAACUCCAUUGAGGACGACUUUCAACAUUUGGCCGCCUUUGCCCAGCACUGUCUGGGUGAUGAAGCCAAGUUUAAGGCCGAGCCAAAGGCAAAGCGAGGCUGUGGCAUCAUCUAUUGUCGAACCCGAGAUCAGGUGGAACGAGUCGCUGUGGGCGUAUCUAAGCAGGGCGUCGGCGCCGUGGCGUACCAUGCGGGGCUAAAGACCGCUGAGCGCACCGAAGUCCAGGAGGCUUGGAUGCGCGGUGAUCAGCCCAUCAUCUGUGCCACCAACAGCUUCGGUAUGGGCGUGGACAAGCCCAGCGUACGAUUUGUCAUCCACUGGGAUGUGCCGCAAAAUGUGGCCGCCUACUAUCAGGAAUCAGGUCGCGCGGGUCGCGACGGCCUUCAGUCAUACUGCCGUCUCUACUAUGGACGCGAGGAUGUGCGCUCCAUACGCUUUCUGCUGCAAAGCGAUGCGCAGCGGGCUCGGGGUCGUGGUGAUCGCGAGCUGCUCACUGAGCGCGCCCUGCGCCAGUUCGAGCGUAUUGUGGAGUUCUGCGAGCAGACGCGUUGCCGGCACAAACUCUUUGCCGAUUACUUCGGCGAUCCCACACCCGAUUGCAGCUGUCAAUGUGAUGUGUGCAAGAGACCCAAACAAGCUGAGAAAGCACUGGAGACGUUUCAGCGGCUCUGCAUGGAUGCCACCUUCAAGUCGCACGUGUCGCUUGCGGAUUGCGCCGAUCUUUAUGAGGGUGGUCGAGCGGGCAUCAAACGCGCAGCCCAGGAUUAUGGCAGUGAUAGCUCUGACCAAGACUCUGAACAUAGCCACGCUGCUCUUGCGAAAAGAGCCAAAAAGGAAAAUGAGAGCUUUAUCCGAGAACAGUUUAAGCUGCGCAAACAGCUAACCGCUGCACGCCAGCUGGAGCAGGAGCCAACCACGCAGAUAGCGCGUGUGCAUCAAGCGCAGUCGACGGAGACAAAAAUCAGUGGACUGCAGCACACGAACCGAGAGAAAUAUCUGGAUGCAAUCAUAGAUGCACUCAAGGCAAAUGUGCAGCAGUGUGAGAGCGACUCGAGCCAGCAGCCACGCAGCGUUCUAAGACACAACGACUACGAGGCCAUCGCUGUCGAGCUAGAGUAUGAGGUGUUCCGGCAGCAGCGUGUGGCGAACAUGUAUCGACAUGCGUUAGCCAAACAGCUGGCCAGCAUCAAACAGCUAACUACCAAGACGACGCUAAUGCCGAUCCUUGUAGAUUAUGUGCCAAGGCCGGAAACAAGCGCCAAAGGCGUCUGGACCGGCGGCAGUGUGGCAUACUUUGAACGCAAGCUGAAAGAGCUGGAGGAGCAAAAGCCACAGUCCCUGAAGGAGCCACCAAAGGCAUUGCGCGAGCGCAAGGGCUUCAAAGAGAAUCAAAGCAAGCAAACGUCAAUAGACAGUUUCCUUGUCAAAGUUAAGCAGGAAGUGAAAGAAGAAAUGUCUGUAGACCCAAUUGAGCCGACGUCCUCAGUUAAAACAGAACCAGCAGAGGAAGCGGAUGACGAGCCUAUGAAGGACGUGGAGCCUGCCAGUGAAACAGCAUCAAAGACAGCAGUCGAAGAUCCAAAAGUGAAGCAGGAAGAACAGAGUGAAGAAGAAAAUCCUUCAAAUGAGGAUCAAGUGGAAAUUGAUUUUGGACACAGAAAAUACAGACUCAAGCCAAAUGGCGAUGGCAGCUACGAUACGCGCCGUAAAACGCGUGUCUCACACCUGGAGCCGGAGGUGCAAAAGAAGCCAGCAAAGACCACAGCCAGCUGCAAAUUGAUCUCGGAAACUGAACCGGAUCGAGUUCAAAUCAAAGAGGAAUCGGAUUCGAGCACAGAUUCAAUUGGUUUCACAACUGCCCGUCAAAUGUUGGCAGAAAAGAAGCCGCCGUCGGAGUUGAACGGUGAAAAGCAGCCGGAAAAGAAACAAUCCGACCUGUCGCUAUUUGGUGGCUUUACGACUGCGCGACAAUUGCUGGAGCAAAAAAAUAUGCAAGCAAAAAUUAAAGCUGAACCCCAAAAGGAAAAGUCAGCUGCGUUGCCGGAGCGCAGCGAAGAGAAGAAAAAGCCAGUCGUUCAGCAGGCAAAGAUUAAAGAUGAGCCACAGAAGGAAAAGUCCGCUCCAUUGCUCGAGGGAGGCAAAGACAAAAGAAAACCCCAAAUCAACCAGCAAAAGAACGAUGUCAGCAAAUCUGUGGUGCAGUGGCUGAAUCCGUACUACAAGCGCAAAAUAGCCACCAGGGAGCUGUUCAAGGCCCUGGCCAAACUGAUUACGCAACGCAUCUGCGACGGCAGCCUAGGCAAUGGCGAUGUGUGCAAAUGUUAUAUUAAAGAAACAUUUCACAGCCUGAAAAUGAUCGAAAAUGAUCAGGAUAUUGAGAAAUACUUUACAAUUUCUAUAAAAUGAGAAGUUUUUCAAAGAACAGAAUCUAGAAACUGAAAGCUACUCGAAAUGUUGUUAAUAUGUUAUCAGUUAUAAGAAAUUUUUUGUCGUUAAUUCAUUGUAAAUAUUGCCUAAAACUUUUAAUUCCUAAACAAUGCUUGUGCCUUUUAUCAACAAGCUUGCGAAAACAUGUUCUAAAUUGCCAUUUUUUUUACUUUGAAGCCAAGCGAAAAUUAUGAAGAUCGAUUUUAAGAUCCCGCAUAAAAGGCACAUAUUCAAUUAAAAUGUUUGUCUUGAAACCCUUAAAACUAAAA